AUGGGCAGAGAAGAAGAAGAGGUGGUGGAGGAGCAGGACGAGGAGGAAGUGCUGAACAUCAGUGGAGGUAGGGCACAGGGAGAUGAGGAUGACGAAGAAGAAGAAGAGGAGGAUCUCGGAACAGAAUACCUAGUGAGGCCGGUGGGCCGUGCUGAGGAUGAGGAAGAUGCCAGUGAUUUCGAGCCACAAGAGAAUGGUGAUGAGGAAUUUGAAGAGGGAGAUGAAGAAGAAGAUGAUGAUGAUGAGGAUAAUACAGGUGGAAAAAUCGAGGCCCCACCAAAGAGAAAGCGCUCGUCCAAGGACGAUGACUCGGACGACAGUGAUGGUGGAGAGGAGGAUGACGAGAGACCAUCCAAACGAUAA